AGUGGCCUUUAUAAACCUAACAAGAACAACUGGGAGCAUCUUGUUUCCAUUUAUUUUUUUUUUGGAGGAAGUUUGCUUCUUCUCCAUUACCUGCCCAGGUUUGGGGUAAAAAUCUUCACCAGAGGUCUGGGAGCAGGGCUAAAUACGCCAUACACCGUCACAGACCUUCAAAAACAAGAGGAACAUAAUGUGGUGGUACAUGGUGAUGGUGAUGGUGAUGGUGAUGGUGAUGGUGGGGUGUAGAGCACAACUCGUCGUCAACGUUAACACUCAGAAUGGUGAGGUGUUCAAGGAAACAAUUACUGCAAACAUAUCCGAUGAUUCAGUCAUUUUAGAGUUUCCUCAAAAUGAUGGUACAUAUAUCACACAGCUUAUUGACUUCAAACAAGAGUUGCAGAUCUUUAAAGUGAUUGUCUUAGGUGAAGAGGAAACUGGGUCAGAGUCAGUAUCAGGUUAUGUGCUUCAUUAUGAGAUUUUUCAAAAGCAACUUCAUCUCUUCUGAUGCCAUGUCAAAAUUACGACAG